UCUACUUGUAUGUUAUAAAAUGCUCAAUAAUCACAUCUGGACUCAUCGUCUACCUUUGACUAAAUGCUGCGUUCUUGCGGCCCUCUUCGCUGACGGGGAACAACUUGGUUAUUAUUGCCCCCUUGUGGUCGCAGGAAUCCAUUACACCCAGUAACCCUAUGUGACCUCCACGACCUUUCAAGCUGUAUUUGACACAUUUAUUUGAAUGCUUCUCAAAAACAGACCAUCACAAUAGUGCCAUAUAGUCAAGAUUCUAAAACCAACAUGUAAAUCACAGCUGGUUCCUCUAGUUUUGGGGGGAGAAUUGAAGUAUUUUGAACUUUUUAUAAUUUUUUAUGAUUUCGUUUUUCAUUCUUUGAUGUUUUGGAUAAAGAAAGAAAAUUUCCGAUGACCAUACAAUGCAGAUUUCAAAUGACUAUUAUUCACAAUGGUGUAAAACAGCAGAUUUAAUUUCAUGAUAUAACAAACGAGGAAUGUUUUUGAAUUAUUUAUUUUUUUUCCCCCUGGAAUGAAAUCAUCACUUCAAAAUCUGUAUUCUAUAUUUAGUCACUUUCUAUUUAUUUGGCAUCCAAGUGAAAUGAUCAACAUUUAGACAAAUAUGUUUCAAAAAAUGAUCAUAAUUUGUAUUUUUCCUGUCUAUCCUGUUCUCAUUCUCCCAUCAUCGCCCAUUUCUGGUCCUUUCCUACUACUUCCUGUUCCAGCUUUCCUUUACUCGUCGACGACCUCGGCUGCUCUUUCCCCUUUUCCUCAUCAUUUAAUCGGUCUCCGUUUUCAUUCCGUCUCAGUCUCUCUUAUGCCGUCUGCCCAGUUUUUCUCCCAUCCUGCUGCUUCAUCGUGUUUUACAAACGUCACAGAUUAAUAUGGGAUUAUGCCCUGGACGGGUUUUAAUGGUUACAUAAAGGCCAGCAGAGCUCUGACCAUAAUAACUGUCUGGGAUUAGAUACAUUUGCGUGUUUUGCGGGGUAAGACCAGGAGCUGCUUGCAGCGAACGGAUGCUGGAAAGCUCAACGGAUCUGGCUGACUGAAUGUCGGCUGUUUUCAAAUCUUUUUGGACGCCUCACCUGCUUGACGUCUUCUACAACUUAAUUUUUUUUUUUUUUUUUUUUGGAACCUGUGAAGGAAGACCUUAGAUCUGCUUCUUGCAUCAAUGCUAUUUCUUUCGAUCGGUUCCAAGAGCGGCCAUGAUGUUCUGCACAACCUUUCUUUCGGCCCCGUGUGAGGAGCUUCUUUCUGAGGGUGGGGUCGGAGGACGAGCGGCUCCGGCAGCUGCUGCUGCUGGUGGGUUGGGUCCAGGCUGUCUGUCUUCAUUUCACUGCCUGGUCCUCCCUCAGGACGAACUCUACCCGUCUCUUUCUGACUCUUCCGCUCGCACUGAGGCGGCUAAAAUGCUGGUAGACGUUGGGAUGAGCAGCUGCCGAGCAGGAGAAGGCGGGCGGGUUUGGGGCAAGGCGGGAGGACGAUGCGCUCGCUCGGCGUCACCACUGCCCUGCUUAACUCCCAAAUGUUUCCGUAAAGCGAGUUCAAGAGGACCUGCGUUGCCCAUGGCGACCGUCGAUAUCAAAAACCCAGAGAUCAGCAACUCGCAUCGUUUCCACAACAACUCUCAGAUGAACAGCCUGGUGCACGGCUCCUUCCCCAGGAGGAUCAAGAAGGAAAAAGUGAAGAAGAAGAAGCUGACCAAGGCCGACAUCGGCACACCCAGCAACUUCCAGCAUGUUAAUCACAUAGGAUGGAAUCCAAACACCGGCUUUGAUAUGAAUAACCUGGACCCAGAGCUGAAGAACCUGUUUGAUUUGGCCGGGAUCUCCGAGGCUCAGCUGAAGGACAAGGAGACCUCCAAGGCCAUCUACGACUUCAUUGAGAAAAAUGGAGGCGUGGAGGCCGUCAAAAACGAGGUACGGAGACAAGGUCCGCCCAGGUGGAGCGCUCCUCCACCGCCUCCACCCAGAGGUGGCCCUCCUCCGCCACCCCCACCCCAACAUGGCUCCGCCCCUCCACCACCUCCUCCUUCCCGGGUGGUCCGGGGCGCCCCGCCGCCUCCUCCCCACUCCAGGCCUCCCGUCUCGGCGCCCCCGCCUCCGCCCCCGUCCCGACCGGGCAUGUCCGCGCCGCCGCCUCCGCCACCCAGCCGUGGCGCUCUCCCGCCUCCUCCCGCCCCGGCGCACACCUCCCUCCCCGUGGCCCCGCCUCCUCCUCCUCCGCCGCCGCCGCCGGCCAGCAACGGCGCUCCUCCGCCCCCGCCGCCUCCGCCGCCUCCCGGACCUCCUCCUCCGCCCUCCAUGGAGGCCAACGGAGGGGACGGCAAGUCUGCGCUGCUGAGUCAGAUCAGAGGGGGAGCGCAGCUGAAGAAGGUGGAGCAGAAGGAGAGGCCGGUGUCCACCGGCGGCAGAGACGCGCUUCUGGACCAGAUCCGACAAGGAGUCCAACUGAAAGCUAGGGACGAUAACUCCGAACCGACAUCUACUGACGCGGCGCCGACGGCGGGCAUCGUCGGGGCGCUGAUGGCCGCGAUGCAGAAGAGAAGCAAAGCCAUCCACUCUUCGGACGAUGACGACGACGACGAUGACGACGACGACUUUGAGGAAGAGGACGAAUGGGACGACGAGUGAAACAAUUUUUUUUCUUUUCUUUUUUCUUCGCCCUCGAUGACACUAAAAUUUAUCCCAGUCUUUCUAAAAUAAAGUUGAUGACUUCAUAAUUAUAAUUAAAAAUGUUCUAUCAGUUUGCUGUACUUUUUUUUUUAUUGUUGUUGCCUUCAUGCUUUUUUUAUUUUUAUUAUUAUUAAUCUGUGCAAUACCUCAUUUAAUCUAUAAAGAUUUCUCAGUCUAAUCUUAGAGGUUGUCUAUUGUCGUUUGCUCCAUCUUGUCUCCUGAUGGGAUUAAUUUUCUUUUGAUGCUACUCUGCUCGGACCUUUGAUAUUUCCAAAUGUGUUGAUCACGCUCUGUUUGCCAUUUUUCAUAUCUGCUGUCUCCUGUCACACACGAUCCGACUUUGCUCCUAUUUUCACCCUGAUGUGCAAUUUUAAAUCUCUCUUAAGCAUUUGAGCUGAACGUUGGCUACAUUUUUUUGUUUUUGUUUUUGUUUUUUUGUUCUCGGCGCUUUGUGAGGUCUUACAAGAUAGCGAGACAAGUUGCCACAAAAUCUUAUUUGUAUCAUUGUUAGAAAGGGAGAAGAAAAGAAAGGAAAAAAAAGCUAUUUUCAUACCCGGUUGCUCUGUAGUUUAUUUUUACAUAUUCAAAUAAUUCUAGUUUAUUGAUUAUAUUUUCUUAAAUAAAAAAGGAGAACAAAAAGACAGCACUCUGGAAUAUUUAGCAUUCAUUCACUCUGGACUGUACAUGUACUCUAAACUUUGAGUCUUGUUUUUUUUUUUUUUUUUUGCACAUAUUGAAAAAUCCGACUCGUUGCAGGGACAGGGAACAUUUUGGGGUUUGAAUCAUAAGUUAAAGAGCACAUGCUUUAAGUAAUGUAGCCAAAUACAUGAGGAAUUGAAAUGGCAAAUCAUUGACACUACAAACGGUAAAGAGGGUAGCCCACAGUGUUAUGUUUGGCUCUUCUUUUUUUUUUUUAAUCUCUGCAACACUACAAGUUUAAUUGACUUUUGUGCUCAUUUGUUGUUGUUUUUUUUACAGUAGAAAGCAGAGUAUUAAUAAACACCUGUUCAUUGUAAUCAGGUAAUUCAUCAUGUGAUGCUAAAAUAAAGACAUUUUAGUUUUGCACACUGA